UCUGCCAGACUCCCAGGCCGAGCGGCGUCGCCAUAAUAAGGAACAUCCUGCUUUCGACAGAGAGGGGGAGGAGAGAGCUGAGGUCUGGCGUCUCCCGGUAGUAGGCUAUAUCUACCAGGUCUUGAGCACAAAAGGUCCAACAGAGGGGGACAAAAUUAAAUAAAGAAAAGGCUUCCAUCGUAGGAAGAAUAAAUCUCCACUCGUUUUAUGCCUGGUACCAUUACCGGAGAAGAAGGACACACGCCGGUUUAGUGUUUUACCGAUACGGAUUAAUAAAAGCCAGACGGAUGUUCGCGAGGAGGGGCGGUGCACUCUGAAGUUGGAGACUACUGCCUACGGAGAGAAGCGCUUGUUCCCCUGUAAAGGCUCGCGCCCCCCGGCCACAGCAUGAAGCUGCGGCGGUGUCUGAUGACUAUCCUUGCGGCGCUGCUCGCUCACUCCGCGCUGGGUCAGACCUGGGAUACAGAAGGUUCUUCUAGAGAUGAGUUCUAUGAUGAUGAAGACCUCUUCUCAGGCUCCGGAUCUGGCUUUCCAGAGAUGAAGGUCAACCCUACAGCGGUGGGUGUGUCUUUCACCACUGAGGAGCCCCUCCCCCUUUCCACCACCCAGGCCACUGGCCCCGCCCCCUCGGCCCCACCUGCAGCCGAGCCCAAUCCCAACCCUGACGCUCUCCCCACCCCACUACCCACUGAGGGAGAGGGGGAGAGUGGGGUAGAGUGGGAGAGAGGGAGGGAGAGGGAAAGAGAGAGAGUAAGGGAGAUGAGAGAACGAGAAAGAGAGAGGCAACGGGAAAUAGAGAGGGAACGAGAAAGAGAACGUGAAAGAGAAAGAGCGAGAGCCGCCCAGACUACCAUCUCACCCCACGGCGCUGCGGCUGUUCCCAUGGUGACCACCAGCACAGCGACGCCUCUGGCGGAGAGCGCGGCACCCUCUAGUGGUGUGGAGGACCUGGUCACCACAGAAGAGGACGAGGAUGUCUACCUGUCCCCAGACCCCACCACCAGUAUGCCUAUGGAGACCACUACGGAAGAAGAAGAAGAGGAAGAAGUGACCACUGCAGAGACAGAGACCACACCCCUCCCAGAGACAACAGCUCCACCCAUUACGACUGGCCCAGCCUUAACUGAGAGGUCUAGCUCCGCCCCCUUCAAGCCCAGGGUUCUGGUGACCACGCCUACUAAAGCCGCGCCCACAGAGAUGAGCACACGCCCACAGCAGCCUUCUACGACAAUGAAUAAUGAGUUAGGGGUUAAUGGACCCAGUGGAGACUUUGAGAUCCGGGAGGAGGACCGUCGCCAGGGCAACGAGGUUGUUGGGCGUGGCCGUGGCAUGGAGACUGGGGCAGAACCUGAUCUGAUUGGCAACACAAUUAACACAGGAAGUUCUGCCGCUCAACUUCCUCAGAAGAACAUCCUGGAGAGGAAGGAGGUUCUGAUAGCGGUGAUAGUGGGAGGCGUGGUGGGGGCCCUGUUCGCAGCGUUCCUGGUCAUGCUGCUGGUGUACAGGAUGAAGAAGAAGGAUGAAGGCAGCUACACGCUGGAGGAACCCAAGCAGGCCACUGUCACCUACCAGAAAGCUGACAAACAGGAGGAGUUCUACGCAUAACACAGAGAGAGAGAGAGAGAUGUUUAUCACUCCAGCUCCCUUCCCAUCCUGUCGCUUCACCUCUCCUUCCCAUCCUUCCCCCCCUCUCUUCUCUCCUAUGCUCCUGUCCUCCAUGCCAGUUGUUCCUGAGAGUGCCCGUCUCUCCGUGGACUCAGAAAUUUCUUUAAAAAAUAUAAAUAAAAUAAAAAGAACAGUUUGAAAAAAAAAUACAUAAACACAUGAUACACACAAAUGUUUUAGUUUUUUUAAGUAAAUGUUGUUAUUGAUAUUAUGAUUAUUGUUCUGAUGAUGUAAUGAACUGAUUAUUUUGUAAAAACACAAGCUCUUAUCCAGUGUUCCAGCACAAUACUCUAGUGUCUGUUCCACGAAGCGAAUGAGCCAAGAGAAAGAGGGAUGGGGGAGAAGAAGGGAGAGAGACAGAGGAGGAAGGAGAGGGUGUCAUCUGAUUGGCCACACAGACACUGGGGUCAAAGGUUAGAGGAAAGGUCUCUAUUGUAGUGCCUUCCAUCGUCCUGGUGCUCACUCUCUCUCUCUCACACACACACACACACACACACGGCUUGGACCCCUCUCUCUGUGCUUGGCCAAUCGGAGUAGGGGAACCCUCCCACAACGCUCUGACAACCUCAGGACAACGUUGUGGCAACAUUCACUGGUAGUUAGCAAGGGAUUCUAACCAGGGAUAUAGUGGUAAAUAAAAUGGUGGGUAAACAAACCGCUGGGGUAACAUAAACGUUAGCUAAUGCUAACAACGCUACCUGAUCGUAGUAGUUGUGUAUACACUGUUCACCAAGUAAAGGGGUGUUUAAACAACAGAUUACGAGUGUUUACCCUCCACUACAUCCCUGGGUCGUAUUCAUUAGGCACCAAACGAAGAAAACAGACAAACAGGGGGAGGGACUACCUGGACUUGUCCAAUAAAUGCUAAUUUCCGUAUUCCAUUGCAAAAGUUUUACAACGUUUUCCGUUGUGUGUCAAUGAAUAUGACCCUGGUGCUGUAUGCUAACACAAAGGUGAUUAGUUAUGGAUAGUAAUAAUCAAUAAUAUAUCAAUGUUCUGGGCUGGUUGGUAAAUAAUAAUGAUAAUAAUACUCGAACGAACGAGAAGAUGUGUAUUUAGCGGUCUCAAAGGUUUAUAUGUAAAUAUCAUUGUUUGAAAAACUUUUUCUGUCGUUGUCACUAACCAUUCGCAUGAUCACCAUUUCUAUAUCACGUCAAUCUGUGGAGCUGUGCUCUCAACACACACACACACACACAAGUACGCGCUCACACACUUAAGCGUAUAUACACACGCACAUGCAAGCACGCUCACACACAAAUAUAUCACCUGCGCUUCAUUGACUAAAUAUAUAUAUAUAUAAAUCAUAUCACCCACUAAACAUUAUCAUCAUUCUCAUCACACAAGGUGGUUUCAGUACGUUAUUAAUAAGUGAUCGAUCAGUUGCUGGUUGGUUAGAGUUUGGUCCGUUGUGUAAAGGCAUAAGUGAGUAUCCAUCCAAUCCCCUGCAUGCUCGCUCUUUCACUUCCAUUGGCUGUCUGUUUGGGGGUGGGCUGAUCUUUGGGACUGUGAGGGAGGGGCUUACGAUGCUGAAAGUGACUCUUCAAGUAGAAGUUGUCCAUCGGUAGGUGUGGGGACAGGAGUUGGGGUGGGGGCUGUGCUUUCUAUCUAAGAUUGUAACAAUAACCAACACACCAGUACGACUGGACUAGUAGCUUCUAAUAUAUUCAGUACUGUAGAACAACUGCAUGGGAGUUAAACUAUACUAGUCUGUGUGUGUGUGUGUGAGGGGUGUGUUCUGAGAGGAAUGUACUGUGGGCAGGUGUGUAUUUUACCUGCUCCAGCAGUUCUGACGCUCUUCCAUAGUCAGGUAGUCACACCUGUACCCCUACCCCUGUGUGUGUGUACACCUCACCUGCUUUGCCCCCUCUUUUUUAAGCAGUGAACACCUCCCUCUUAUUUCACAUCUGACUCUUGUGUAGACGUGUGUGUAGGUCCUGUUCAUUGCUAAAUGUGGGGCUAGUCUGCUUUUUCACACACAAUCUGUCACUCACGGUCUGUUUGUCUGUAGCAGGACUGACUGACAUCACAGACAGAACUGACCUGAACUGUCUUUUCUAAACUUACCUUCCAACUGUUAACGUGUGUUUGUACCCAUAUAAGUCUGCAUAGCCAAAUAAGAGAGGUGUGUGUGCGAGUGUGUGUGUGUGUGCGAGUGUGUGUGUGCCAAGUUGGUGGAAGGCCACACCACACUGUUUGCUGUUACCCAUCCUGUUUUUAUACAUUUGCAUUUUUUAAGGCUGUUUCUGUCAUUGGCUGCUGGGUGCCGGGAGGCGGACCUCUGCGCCACGGCCCUGCCACUAAUUUGCCACUCUGUUCCAAAUAAAAGACCUCAUUGGUUAA